GUGCACUUUGCUAAAUCCAGUGGUUAGCUGGAAGGACAGGAAAGAAGCCAAUAUAGUGCUCGUGAGAGCCAAUAUAGUGCUUGAAAAAGCCAUUGCGCUGCACCAAAAGUUAAAAAAAAAAGCCACUACACUUAUCAGAAGUUUAGUUAUCCUAGAAUUUUUUUUAAAAAGGCAGAGAACAUGUCACAUAUCGCAUUUCAUCUCGAAGCUCAGAGAAAACAGCGGAUUAUCGAUCGAAAGCACACUGCUAUGGCGAACUUGGCGAUGGAACAGGCUGAACAAGAAAGAGCUCUAAAAGAACAAGAGCUGAAGAUGCAAAGAAUGAAACUAGAGCAAGAGAAAACCAAGUCCAAUGAGAGAGAGCAUUACCUCAAAAGUAUGGGCCGCACUGGGAAAACAGGAGUCAUCAAUGCUAACUACACAAACAUGCUGGAGGAUCAAAAGAAAAGAAUCUCACAAAAGGAUCUUCGACAUCAAGAGAAAGUUUUACGAGAUCAUUGCCUAUAUAUGGGGAAUGUUAAUGAAUAUUUUAUGGCAUGACACAGGUCUGGUUGCAUAGCAUUAUAAAUAGCACAAAACAAACUUGAGACAACUUGUUUCAAGAGAAAAAUAACAUCUUUCCUGAAAACCACAGUGCACAGAUAUGACUUCGCUUGACACUCUCAUACUUUUUCAUAAAGCAAUGUUUUUAGUUAGGGUUAAGGGUAAAAUUUGCAUCAAAUUUUGAUAGGCUACUACUUAAUUGCACUUGUUAAGACAAAAAGUAGGUAAAAGAAGUUUGCUUUAACAAACUUGACAUUGCUGUUGCCAAACCAACCAUAAUUCAUUUCGUUGGUUGUGUUAAAAAUGAGAUGUCAAGUGAAAAUGCUUGUUUUUACACAUAAUCAAUUUGUAAGAUAUUGCUCAGAUAAAAUCACAAUUUUAUAUUUUUUUUGUAAUACACACACACUGGAAGCGUACAGGUGGAUGUGAACUUAUGAGUGUAGUAGCUAGCGGUGUGAGAAUGCUUGAGCUAUUUUGUAAAAUCUAGUCUGUUAACAGAAAAAAUAAAGGUAGAAAUUUGA